UAGGGAGGUAGACACGGUUCCACGGGCAGAUGGUGGAUAUUCGACGACAGGGGAGCAGUAGACGACCCGAACACGACAUGGCCUCAUCAGCGACGAAGGCCGUCUCGGCACUGCUGGUGCUGAGCGCAGGUAUCACCGCCAAUCCCGUUCCCGUCCCGAACCCCCUGUACCACGAGCCCCAGCCUCUGUACUCCGACAUCGGGCCCGUUUACCCCUUCUCCGACUCACUAUUUGCGGAACAAAACGCCGCUUACCCGUACCGGGAUUCGAACCCGUACCUGCCGGAGUCCCUGGUGGCCGAGCUGGACGGUCCACUGGCCGCUGAGCAGCUGGUCGGGGGCGCGGAGAUGUUCCCCGAUCAGCUGACCGGCGAGGAGCGCUCCCAGCUGCUGGGUCUACUGACGGGCGAGCUGCUGCCGGCUGAGGGAGAUGACUACGGGCCGCUCGGCUACGACCUGCCGCCGCCGGUGGACGCCGACUGGUAUGAGGCGCUCGGACUCGCCUCCCCUUACGAUAGUGAAGAUCUCGGCGGAGAGUACGGCGACUACAUUGGCGAGGUGGUUGACGAGCCGCUGCUGUCCUCCGGACCUAGCCGGGCCAUGACCAAGAAGGACACCGCGGCCUCCGAAACGCGCGCCGAACAGCCCGCAGAGGAAGACGAUGAGGAGGAGAGCGACGACGACGAUGAUGAUGACGAUGACGAUGACGACGCUGAUGGUGGCAACGUUGCAGAUGACGAAAGCGAGAAUACUGACGCCGCCGCCGCUAACCUCGUCAAACAAAUCGAGGAGCUGAGGAAGACGAUCCACACCGAGGGUCUCCGGCACCCAUCCCAGCCCGCUCCCCAGACCCCCGACCACCCUGUCCGGUCUCCAUCCACCCCUGCCCCGGCGGUGGAACCCGGCUCAGGGGACAGCUCUCGGUCGGUGAGUGCAGAGGCGCCACUGGCGGACCAGCUGCGGGCAGCCGCCGCCGAGCCUACCGCCGCACCACUCACAGACUCGGAGACCGCCUACGAGACAAUCAAGAGGUUCCUCGUCAUGGAGGACGCCCUGAAAAGGCUGCCGAAAAAGACGGCGAAGAAGUCGAAGCGGUUCGUCUCGGACCAGUUCACACGGGAGCUGGAGGACCUGAGGACGGUGAAGACGUAAGGGCUGACGUCCAGAAGAUGUCAAAGGCGUCGGCGCUCAACACCAGCCGAUUGAAUUUUCAGCCACGGUGAAACGUGCAACAAAGCAGCGUGGCGGUGCCAUAAGAGGAAUCAGUCCUUGGAACGCGACAGACAGCAAAAAGCCUCCCCGAAUAGCUAAGAAAGACGCAGAUGAAAGACUUCGCUGACUGCGUUGAUAGUACUGCAGGUCGCUUUUGCUGGAGCCAGUCCCACUGUUUAUCCCGCGCGUGUGCACCUUUGAAGCAGAGCUUCCCUGUUGGUCAGCACAUUCGAGAGCUCGAGUAGGAGCUGCGUAGCCAAAUGUGGCUGGACUAUACAUAAUCGACCUCUGGCGCAGCGCACCAGCUGGUGUCGGGGUUUUAGCGCGGCCUGACCUGCACUUGUUUGUCCUCGAGCGGCGGUGAUCCCGCGCGGAGCAUGUGAUAUGAGUGACAUAAGCAGUGUAUUUUUGUAAUCCUGUGACUUCCACACUUUGACAACCUCAGAUUAUUUAUAUUUUUUGGCUUGCUGAGGCACCUACCUACCUGUAAUAGCGUGGCUGGAGCUACUUGCUUUCAGGAGAUUUUAGUAGUCAAGUGGGAUGUAUUUGUGUUAUUAUCAUUAGAUGACUCUGUUUUCUAGCUAGCCGAUGAAACAGGUCAGUGUUCGUACCUGAAUAUCAUAGCAGAUGCUCUCUCUCUGCUACGCGUAUUGUUGAGAAAUGCCAGGAAUGGAUGCUAGACUAAAAAGGACUAAAAAGUUCACAAUUAUGAUGUAAUCACUAUUAAAUCUUUGUGUAGGUCAAGUCUGAGGAGAGAGACUAGGAGACAAGCCGCCAUUGCUGCAUUAUUUCCAUUUUCCUGACAACUCUUGGACCGAUUAUUUCUGUUAUUAUAGUGUAUGCGUCCAGAACCUCAGACCAAAGAAGCGUCAUGCUGGACGUUCCCCGGUGUCGAGUGCCGCCUUAUAUGAUCACGUAUAGAGGUGGACCUCUGGUGACUGGUUUACUGUGUGUGCGUACAUACGUAUGACAGCGUAACUUAUUUAGUGUCGUGUGUUGUGUGGGCUGAUCACACGAAUGGAUCACGCUUUUGUUCUGCCUAGUUAAAGGCCGUGUAAAGGGCGCUUACAUUGUUUCCGCAGGUUCAACUUUUGACUUGCGUAUGAUCCAUAUAUGUACACGAUGAUACCUAUACUCGUACCUAUACAUGUAUACUACCUAUACUUUGCCCGGAUCUGACGAAACGUCAAUGCGUAAAUGACAAGCAAACAUCUCGUAUAUUUUGAAGUGUAUGGAAUAUAUAACAAUGCACAA